GCCAGCCCGGGCCAGUCAUCCAAUGUCUCUGGCACCAAUGCAAGCAGUCCAGAAGGCCAGGGAAUCCUCAACUCUCGCGCCACCGACGGACGUUUGCAGCAAGACACCAAAUCGACGCAGACUCCAAUUAGCCACCCCGAGGAAGGUGGCCUCGGUGGCCAGGAAGAGACAACCCCAAGCCAGGCCGCCAUGAAACGGGACCCCAAUGAACCAGCGGAAGAGAAGAGGAAGAAGGUUCUGGAGUAUGGCCAGAACAGGAAACUCGAUCCGGCAAAUGAUUUGAAACCGAACGAGGGCAAGGCCACAGGGGAAAGUCCAUGA